CCACAGGCCCCGCAGUCGCCGGCCACCGGGAGCUUCGGAGCGUCAACGGUCAAGAUGACUUCUCUGCUUCUACUGUGUGCGUCUUUGGGCUUCGUCUCGGCAACGACGUCCUUUCAACGCCAUGACGGCUUGGAUGGCACACUGCGUGUCAGCAUUCCAAUGGAGGUGCCUCUGCGCCCCCUGCUGGGCGGCAAGGUGCUGGUGCCCUGCUACUUCCAGGACAACACCGCCGGAGACCCCGGCGCACCGACCACGGCCCCGCUCUCCCACCGCAUCAAAUGGAGCUUUGUCACCGAGGAGAACGUUACCACCAUCCUUGUGGCGUCGGAGGGCGACGUCCACGUGGAGACCGAGUACCUGGACAGAGUAACAAUGGUCAACUACCCGCUGGUGUCCACAGAUGCCAGCCUGGAGAUAACGGAGCUGAGGUCCAAAGACUCAGGCUCCUACCGCUGUGAGGUGAUGCAUGGCAUCGAGGACAACUACGACACCGUCGACAUCCAGGUUCAGGGUAUUGUGUUCCACUACCGAGCCAUCACCACCCGGUACACCCUUACCUUUGAGAAGGCCAAAGCGGCUUGCAUCCAGAACAGCGCCACCAUCGCCACCCCAGCCCAGCUGCAGGCCGCCUACGAUGACGGAUACCACCAAUGUGAUGCCGGAUGGCUGUCUGAUCAGACUGUUAGGUACCCCAUUCAUCAUCCCCGAGAGGAAUGCUACGGAGACAAGGAAAACUUCCCCGGCGUGAGAACCUAUGGAGUGAGAGACGUAAAUGAGACUUACGACGUUUACUGUUUUGCGGAGAAGAUGCCAGGCAGAGUCUUCUACUCCAUGUCGGUGGAGAAGUUCACUUUCGACGAAGCUGACGAUCAGUGCACCAAACUGGGCGCCAGGCUCGCCACCACCGGAGAGCUUUACCUGGCCUGGAAGGGCGGUAUGGAUGUGUGCAACGCCGGUUGGUUGGGCGACCGGAGCGUGCGUUACCCCAUCAACAUUGCCAGGCCUCAGUGUGGAGGCGGGCUCCUGGGAGUGAGAACAGUCUACCUGUUCCCCAACCAGACGGGGUACCCCAUCCCGAGCUCUCGUUAUGAUGCCAUCUGCUUCCAAGGCAGUGAUGAUGACGGUGCAGUUCCCGGGAGGAUCACUCCUUUCCCAGACAUCAUGAGCCUGACCCCAGCACCCGGAGUUUACCCAGGCCUCACAAGCCGCCCUGGGGGUCAGGAGAUCAAGCAUGGCGGUGUGGAGAUUCUCGCCAAGCCCAUCUCACCUCCUUUUACAGACGGCGCCAUGGCUCCCAGCGGUGUGGUGUUCCACUACCGACCGAUUACUGGUCGGUACACUCUCACCUUUCCGGAGGCCCAACAGGCCUGCAAGAGUAUUGGAGCAGCCAUCGCCAGCCCUUUGCAGCUGCAGGCGGCCUUUGAAAAAGGCCUGCACCAAUGUGACGCUGGCUGGUUAGGUGACCAGACUGUUAGGUAUCCCAUCGUGUCACCCCGAGAUAAAUGCGCCGGCAACCUGCUGCACCUCCCAGGAGUCCGAUCCUACGGUCUGAGGCCAAACACAGAGCGUUACGAUGUGUUUUGUUAUGUCGAACAUAUGCGAGGUGAGGUCUUCUUCACCAGUGACUACGAUAGCUUUUCCUUCGAGGAGGCCCUACUGCACUGCGAGAAACUCAACAGUACACUGGCGACAACCGGGCAGCUGUACGCCGCAUGGAACCAAGGCCUCGACAAGUGCCGCCCUGGGUGGUUGAUGGACCGCAGCGUUCGAUAUCCCGUCACGACUCCCAGAUCCCACUGCGGCGGAGGUCAGGUGGGCGUCCACAUCAUCUAUGCCUUCCCCAACCAGACGGGCUUUCCAGAUGAGCACUCCCGCUACGACGCCUAUUGUUACCGAGCGGAACGGCCUGCCACUGAAACUGGCGGUGGAACCACCAUUGACACUGGCAGUGAAACCACCAUUGACACCGACAGUGAAACCACCAUUGACACCGGCAGUGAAACCACCACUGACACCGACAGUGAAACCACCACUGACACCGACAGUGAAACCACCACUGACACCGAAACCAUUUUCGACAAGUUACUGACAGUGGACGUCAUCAGCAAGACAACGGUUGCAGUUGAUCACGCCACUCCCACAAUUGAACCUACCGUGGGUUACAAUGACACCGAAAUAGGUCUAAACAUCACAGAAAUAGAGGAGGUUAUCCAGGAGACAAGCAUCACAACUCAGCUAACUGCUCCUACUUUGCCGGUUGAUGGGUCUGCCUCUGGAUCAGGCGACCAUUCAGCUAGCGGGGACAUCUCAGGGGAGUCCAGCACUACCAGCGGAAGUGGAGACUCUGGUUCAGGACUAGACAUCACUUUUAGUGGACACACAGACAUCCAGUCAGGAGACCUUUCAGCCUCUGGCGAGCCACAGGGAGCGGAGGGUGGCAGCACAAUAUUCACCACAGGAGACUCCUAUAGUGCAUCAGGAUCUGGAUCUGUUGUAUCAGGAUCUGGAUCUGGUUUUGUUGUAUCAGGAUCGGGUUCUGGCAGUGGAGACAGUGGCAAUGGAGCUGACAUUGUGAUCAAUAUACUGGAUGGAAAAGAGAAAGAACUGUCGAUCCCAACCGUCACAGAGCAGGAGUUAGGUAGCGGAGUCUUGUGGACUUCUGGUAUGUCCGGAUCUGGACGCAUGUCCGGAUCAGGAAGCAUGUCCGGAUCAGGAGGCAUGUCUGGAUCAGGAGGCAUGUCUGGAUCAGGAGGCAUGUCCGGGUCAGGCAGUGGAUUUUCUGGUAUCACCUUUACGGACAAAAGUUCCAUUGAUGCAACAGUUCAACAAUCAGGAGAGCAGGAGUUGUAUGGUUCCACUAUAAUGUCCGGAUCAGGAUCGACAUCUGCAUCAGGCUCGUUCUCUGGGUCAGGCGUCAGUGGAUUUUCUGGUAUCACCUUUACGGACAAAAGUUCCAUUGACGCAACAGUUCAACAAUCAGGAGAGCAGGAGUUGUAUGGUUCCACUAUAAUGUCCGGAUCAGGAUCUACAUCCGGAUCAGGCUCUGUCUCUGGGUCAGGCAUCAGUGAAUUUUCUGGCAUCAUCUUUACGGACAACGGUGCCAUUGACCUAACGGUUCAGCAAUCGGGAGAACAGGAGUUGUACGGAUCUGCUGAAAUGUCCGGAUCGGGAUCUGUGUCUGCAUCAGGCUCUUUGUCUGGGUCAGGCAUCAGUGGAUUUUCUGGCAUCUCCUUUACGGACAACAGCGGCAUUGAUUUAACAGUCCAGCCAUCAGGAGAGCAGGAGUUGUCUGGAUAUGAACCUUCUGCAUCAGGCUCUUUGUCUGCGUCAGGCAUCAGUGGAUUUUCUGGCAUCUCCUUUACGGACAACAGCGGCAUUGAUUUAACAGCCCAGCCAUCAGGAGAGCAGGAGUUGUCUGGAUAUGAACCCUUUGCAUCAGGCUACCCAAGUGGUUCUCCAAGUGGAUUUCCAUCUGGUACUUCAGGCAGUGGUUCUGCCUCUGGCCAACCUUCACAGACAGAUAGCGACAUCAUCUUUCUAACCGAUGACAGGAUACAGGAAGUUACCGUUUCUCCCCAGAAGCACCAUCCAGAAGAGGGUCGUGGCGUUAUAGAAAUAAGCGGCGAGGAAAGUGGUUCUGGAAUCCCUCUUCAGGUAUCAGGCAGUGACAGGACGUCAACUGCUGGGCUUUCUAUAGCUUUUCCUCCUGGAUCUACCAUGACCUACCCAGACUACAAUGAGCCAUCAGGGCAUAAGGAGGAGGAGGCUACCGUCAUCGUUCUGACUCCAGACCCCGGCUACGUCAGCCCAACCACUGCACCGACGAUCUCACUGGCAACCCCUCCUGCUGUGGAACAGCCAGAAGUAGAACAGGCUGUGCAUGGUUGUCCCGAGGGCUGGUUGGAGUUCAUGGGAAGCUGUUACCUCCACUUCGCUGACAGACACACCUGGUCAGAUGCUGAGCAGCGUUGCCAGGAGCUCAACGCCCACCUGGUCAGCAUCAGAUCUGAAGAGGAGCAGCUGUUUCUAAACUCCAAAGGUCAGGACUAUGAGUGGAUAGGCCUCAACGACAAAGAAGUUCAGAACGAAUUCCAUUGGACAGAUGGCAGUGCUCUGACAUACGAGAACUGGAGGCCCAACCAGCCAGAUAACUACUUCAACUCCGGAGAGGACUGCGUGGUCAUGAUCGGGCAUGAAGGAGGCCAGUGGAACGACGUUCCUUGCAACUACUACCUUCCCUUCUCAUGCAAGACUCAACCCGCGAGUUGCGGCGCGCCCCCUGAGGUGGAGCACGGCUCACCGAUGGGCGUCAGCCGGGAUCGCUACGCUGUCAACUCCAAGGUGCGCUACCAGUGUCAAGCGGGCUACACGCAGCGCCACCUGCCUGUCAUUCGCUGUACGGAGAGCGGACAGUGGGAGACGCCGCAAGUGGAAUGUCUAGAAACAGCCGACAGCCGCGGCAACAGACUACACAGGAGGUCGGCGAAGAGCAGAAGUCGAGGAGCCGGCAGCCGGCGGGGGCACAGGAAAGCGCUUUGAGCGGGACUGAACGAAGCACACGGACCCCUCUCGUGGACACCAAUGCUAAUGCCCGACCAAAAAACAAAAGCCUUUUGCCCCGUCCUCCACCCUCAUGUAAACACAAGCACUAAAACACAUUUAGACAGUGAUGAUGUAACUGACUCACAUUGCCCCCCCCACCCCCACCCCCCACCGUGUCUUUUACACAUUAUUUAUAGAGUCUAAUUUAUAGCUAUAACUCAUGUUCUCCACGCGCAAGUACGACUGGAGGAAUCCACAAAAGCGUCUCCGAAAGUGUUUUUGAUCGCAAACGAUAGCGCGAUGCGAUUAUUUGAAGGCCUUUUUUUUUUUUUUUUUUUUUUUUUAAUUUCUGGGGCUGUAUUUGUAUUUGGGCCUCUGGUGACUACUUUUUGAAAGAUUUUAUUCCAAGACUGUGACUCUCGAGCGACAUCGUCGACGGUUUCCGCUCUCGUGUUGUACAAGAGAAUAAUUUUACUUCAUCAUAAGAUGCGUUUGACAUUUUGUUUGUUUGCCGGUAAGAUUCACGCCAGCGGGUUGACAAAGAGAACUAAAUAAUAACUUAACUAGUAAUAACGUCCACUUUUUACAAAAAAUGUGUUCAUUGAAUCCUCUGAAUUGUGUUUCUUUAUGCAAACAUUCGUCGAAAAAUCUGAUUUUAGACACGGAAAUAACAUUUAAGAUUUAAUGUGUAAA